AUGAGACUCACGGAGCUCGGAAAGAAAUGGGGAGCGGUCAGCGACGGGCGAUGGUUCCGGUUCAUCGCAGAAAAAAAUGCCGUCGACACUGUGACUGCUGUUUUGAAGGGUAUACGGAUGAGCAUUUCAAAGUGGACACAAGUGAUUCCUACGCUGCAGUCAAAGAAUUUAUCUAAAGUUUUAACCGCGUACGAAAUGCUUUAUCGACACAAUGUUUCGCUGGAGCAGUUGAGAGUCGCGUUUCCUGAUCAGCUUUCUUCUUGCUUGCCGGACAAUUUGGAAAGCCUUGAAAAACGCCUCAAAUGCGAAUCCAGCUAUGAAUUAGCGCAUGAACGAAUGAAAAAUAAGAUGAAAGAAAUCGAUCGAGAAUCAAGCACUCUCAUACCAGAAGAUAUAGACUAUAGCAAUUUGCAAGGUCUUAGCGGUGAAUGUUGGGAGAAACUGGAGCGUGCACGUCCUCUCAAUCUAGCUGCUGCUUCCAGAGUGCCAGGUGUCAAGCCAGAAGCGAUCAUUGCUAUACUUCGUUAUCUAAAGCGGUCCAAUGCGGUAUCUCAGUCUGUAUAG